AUGUCCAGCCCCGGACUCAACUUGCGAUACCAGGCCCAUCUUCGGACGCCCUCUCCUGAUCCCGAUGCUGGUCUGCGCGGUGUCAGCCAUUAUGAGCGUCGAUUGCCGCCCUGGCGGUACAGGCUGCGGCAAUGGCUGAUUCCUGUCGUUCGCUGGGAGACUCCCUACCUCGCCAGAAUGCAACAUGCCAUGCGAUCACCACUUCUGGACUCUUACUUUGCACUGACCGCAAAUCUGGGAACGCACACGUUCUUCAUGACCGCUCUUCCCAUCUGUUUCUGGUGUGGCUACGCGGAGCUCGGCAUCGCACUGGUACAAAUGCUAGCCGCAGGCGUGUAUCUGAGUGGGUAUGCAAAGGACCUGGUAUGCCUACCGAGGCCUCUGAGUCCUCCCUUGCAGAGAAUCACUAUGAGUGGAUCUGCCGCUCUGGAAUAUGGAUUCCCGUCUACUCACACGACAAAUGCUGUAUCCGUAGCGGUGUAUUGUCUGCAUUCACUCUGGGCCUCGCAAGAUGACUACUCCACCUGGCACUACCGCGCGCUGGUCGCUGCUUGUCUCUGCUAUGCUACUUCCAUCAGCAUCGGCCGCAUGUAUUGCGGAAUGCACGGGUUCUUUGAUGUGCUGUUUGGUGCCAUCUUGGGGGUGUUGAUUACCGCCGUCAGAGUCUUUGCCGGACCUGCAUUCGACAGCUGGGUCAUUUCCGGCGGAUGGAUGCGGCCUUUGAUCUCCAUUGCGGUCUUGGGUCUUGGUGUUCGAUUCCAUCCUGAGCCAGCAGACAACUGUCCUUGCUUCGACGACAGCGUGGCUUUUAUUGGUGUGGUCAUGGGGAUCUGCAUUGGGACUUGGAAUUAUGCACAACUCAUGACUGGCCUGUCUCGACCGGACAUUGCAAUUGCAGACCUGUACGUCACCUCGAAUUCGGACAUUGCAAAGGUGGCCGGAAGACUUGUUGUAGGCAUCGUGAUGAUAUUCAUCUGGCGCUCCACUGCGAAGAGGACGCUCCUCAAAACACUUCCUCCCAUCUUUCGCUUCGUGGGAGCCUUUGGACUAAGAAUACCUCGACGUUAUUUCUUGCAAUCACGAGACUACAACACGGUCCCUACUUUGAGAAAGGAUGACAAGGUUCUUCCUCCAGCCAGAGACAUUCCUGGAAUGCUGUCCACAUUCACUCGGCGGAAACGAACCAUCAGCAUCGGCCCACAAUCAGAAGCCGACGCUAGAGAAUUCAUUGCAAACCGCGAGCAGACCCGGCGGGACGAGAGAUCUUCCAGUGCGGAUCGAUCCAAACCUUCCAAGAACCACCAGGCGAUGCCGACAUCAGAGGGACAGCCGAAUGCGACGACACAUCUCUCCGUCCGACCGAAUGUGAAGAUCCAAUCAUUCAGCGGCGCCAGAGACGUCCUGACCCCGCCGGCAAGUGAGAAUGACACUGCAACUUCAAGCGAGGAUGGAGCCGAUGACAGAAACGAGUCCCGCCGAGACGAGCGACUUGAUCGGGAAAUGUUUUCGGCGCUGGAGAAGCCGCGGAUACGGUAUGAUGUGGAGGUCAUCACGAAGAUUAUUGUGUAUGCGGGUAUUGCUUGGUUGGCUGUAGAAGGCAACCCGAUUCUUUUUGGCAAAGUUGGGAUCUUUUGA